AGUAGAUGUCAGUUAGCAAGUGGUUACUGCGCAGUAUUGGUAACUAAAAUUGUCUGUGUUUAAUUUUUUUAAAUAUCAGUGUAAUUUUCUAUGUUCGAUUCAGCCAAUAUAAUGAUAAUCAUGUAAUGCAAUGUAUGGUAGGAGAGUAAAAAAAAGUAUUUUAAUGUGUAAGGUGUUGUCCACCUUUCGGUAUCGAAGUUUCUGUGCAUCAAGAGAGUAGACGGAAUUUAGACCGACUAUAAUUUUUUCCAAAAAAUGCAGCCAGUUUCUCAUUUAGUUCGUGUGUCACUUCCAAAUUAUUUAGCAGGCUUACCGAUUCCAGAUUCCAUUGGAGGAUGGUUCAGAUUAGGAGUGAAGGACUGGCUGUCUCUGGUGCCCUUCACCGCAGCUGUGGCCGGGCUCACGUACAUGUCGUACAGAGCGUUCUGCCCUGCGUUCCUGGCCAAGCGCCCAAUCAAUCCAAACAUAAGGAAGGACAGUAAAAAGGUGGUUGACUUCAUUGAAAUUGAAGACAUAGCGGAGAAAGCAUCUUUGUGUCGUUGCUGGUUAAGUAAGAAGUGGCCGUACUGCGACGGGGCUCACGGCCGCCACAAUAGGCGGACCGGAGACAAUACUGGGCCGGUCGUGGUUAGGCACAAGCCAGCCCCAGAGAAGUGAACACUUUCCAGUUACCGCUGCGACGCUCGAUUACUGUUCCUUGGUUUGGGUGUCCAAAAUACAUUGCCACUGUUAAUCAUACAGCUAGUAGAUAGAACAAGGGAAUUGUAACGUAAUAUAGCAAAGUACAGUACGACCUCGGUUAACCGGACGAAAGGGUGGAAGCCAUUUCAAAUAACAAAUUUUUUUUGGUGAAGCUAAAAUCUAAUUCUGAAAUGUUUUGAAGGUCAAACAAAUUCAAAAAUCUCUUUGUAGACUACAAUUAUGUUCUUUAUUAAAGUUAAAAAUGCAUUUCACUGUACAUUUUAUACUUAGAAUGAAUUACUCAUUCACAAAAUUUUUGUUUGUUUGUUGCUUGCAUCCCUUGCAACGUUUUUGAGCAACUAUGUCGCACUCUCUCACCUUUGUGAUUAUUCCAGGAAAGUACAGUGUGUGUUUUUUUUCUUUUUUUUCUUUUUAUGGAGGUAUUUCAGAUAACUAGGGUUUAUGUUAAUUUCAGUUUGGUUAACCAUGUUUUACUGUACAUAGUUUAGUUUGGAGCAUGUGUUUGUAAUUUUGCUGUUUUCUUUUCUUUGUCAUCUUGUUAGUUUUUGAAUUUAUUAAAAAUAGUUUUUUUUUUUUUUUUUUACAUUUUUGGAAUUGCAUGGAUUUUGUGUGGUUGGUUUGUUAUUUUGAAUGUUUAAUGAUUUGUCACCUGGAUGAAUCAGGGUUAAUUUUUGAUGUAAAGCUUUUGCUGGUCAAGAAGGCCAAAGAAGUGUUGCUGUGAUAUUGAUGGUGUUUUGCUUUGUUGGUUUAAGUAUUUUGUAGGUACAUAUGUAAUUGGUUUGAAAGGACUUUUGUGUUGAAGCAGUGUUUUUUUGAUAGUGGAGGUCAUAAGUUGAUGGUAGUUCUACAUGAUAUGUUAUCUGUUGAUGUAAUUUGUGUUUGCCUUUUGUGUACUGGCAUAAAAUAGUUUUUGCUAUGAAUCCAUGUAAUGAGCUAUGCAAGUUAAAGCUGGUGGAUCUUUAGUGCUGCUACCAGUGGCGCAGCGUGCCAUCUCGGCGCCUGGGGCGGGAGACCCAUUUUGCCGCCCCCAUUCUAUAGGUGCUUAAUUAAAAUUAGUGAUUUCGCAGUUUUUCUUUUAAAUAAAUAUUAACAAAUAGUUGGUGCGCAAAAUGUUAGAUAAAAAUGUAACAUCAUAGUGUGUCUGACACAUGUAAUGAAUGAAUCAUAGAUCAGAUCUCAACCCGCUUCACCGGCGACCCGCCCCCGCGGGCUGCCGCCCGGGGCGGGCCGCCCCCUCCGCCCCACCCACGCUACGCCACUGCCUGCUACUAUGUAUAGUGAUUUCAUAACUUAUAAAAAAUGGAUAUUUUCGACAUUAAACUAUAUCAAUGGUGGUUCAGUAUUAAUUUAUAUUAAAUGAAAGAAUAAAAAGAAAAAAAAAGUGAAUUUA